AAGUGAGAAGAGAAUGGCCAGAUUCUUCAGAAGUAUAUCAUGAACGGUACCAGGGCCAUAGUAACAAGACCAGCCCAUCUCUGUGGAACUUGUGAAUCUGUGAUCUUGUUUCAUCACAUGGCAUAUCUGUCAUGAAGCGUGUCUGUUGAAGUUGUGGAUAUUUCUCACAUAGUGUCAGAAAUGUACUGAGACUGGUAACACCUCAACAGGACUGGUUACCAUGGUUACCCUUUUCGGAACAUUUACGUUCCUUUAUUGAUACAGCAUGAAAGUAUAUCUUGGUUGGCUGCAAAUGUUGAAUUUCUGACGUCUAUGGUCAUAUUUCUGGUAAGGGAUUUUAGACUAAUCUGUCUUAUAACGAUGGAUAUGGUGAAAAAAAGGGGAUUUCUUGGCGUGAUCAUUGUGCCACAGAGUGAUGGAGGAAACGAAACAAAUGAAUGAAGUUUGAUGAAUCAUCAAUUAAUUUCACGGAACAUGUGUGCUUUUGGUAGAUUCAAUUAGCAGCAAGGACAUAUGGAUCCUAGAAGUCAUACCUCAUCAACUCUGAUAUCAAUUUUUCCUGUUUCAAGGAUGAUUCUUGCAUGAAUAAGAAUAUCAAACGCUAACAAAAAUGAUAAUUCUAAUGGUCAUGGUUUUGAGGAAAAUAAAACAAUUAUGAUAUUGAAAGGCAAAAGUUACAAAAUUGUUGCAAAAUGGAGAUAUGAAGUUAAAGCAACUUAUAGUAGUUGGCAGAAAGAGACCCACAGCACUAGAGACAGAAAUGAUAUGGAGAAAACAGGUGCUUGUUCUGGACACUUCCUAUGGUAUUGAUCCGAGACAUGCCAGCACACAAUGUCCCCUGACAUGCAAGAAGCUGACUCCCGCUGACAGGACGUCAUAAUCAUCUUAUCCACAAUUAAUGAGAGGAUGAGAGCCGCGUGAGAUAUGUCUGCCACAAACACAUCCAAUGACUCCGACCUUGUUCUCCCUAAUCCCGACAACCCCGACAUCGAGAGCCUCCACACACCCACAGCCCGAAUAGUCACCAUCACAUACCUGGCCCUCAUGGCCGUGCUGGGAACUGUGGGUAAUAUGCUGGUCAUCCUCAGCGUGGUCAAGACAAGUAAACUUCAGAGACUCACGUAUCUGCUCAUCGCCAACCUCAGCGUGGUGGGACUCCUUGUCUGCCUCGUCAUCAUCCCCUUCCAUAUAUUCAACAUAGUCAACGUUGGAAAAGUCAACUCAAAUACCACGUUGUGCGAAUUUGAAGGAUAUAUGAACUUUAUGCUGACUCUAGCAAUGCUUGUUAACUCGGAUGCAAUUGCUCUGAAUCGAUACCUUGUGGUAAAUCGUCAACAAGUUUCCUCUCCCCAACCAGAACGAACUCGCAAUGUUGUUAUAAUUAUUGCCUUAUUGUGGACAAUUCCGGUUAUGAUCUCAUUCAGCAGUUUGCCGUAUGUCGGAUACCAUGAAUUCAUUCUUGAUUGCUUCUUUCUGGCAUCUGACAACGCCUACUGGUACGUCGUCAUAGCGAUUAGUGCUCCUGCCAUACUAACAACGGUCUUCAUUUUUGUAUCUUAUUCGUUGAUUUUACGGAAAGUACGACAGAGUCGUCUCAAGGUCAUGGCCACCAUGGCCAAAACUGGUGAAGAGCACACGUCAAGCUGCAGCGACAUUCCCUCUGAACUAAUCAACUUCCCACAGCCCUCUACAAGUACUGGCGUUUGUUGUACGACAUCCACCACCAUUGCUGAUGUCACCCACAGUAUAGCAGAGACAAUGUCAAAAAAAAAGAAACAGUACAAACGAACAGAUUCGAGAAAAGGGGAGCAACAAAGAGUGAAUCAACUUCAAAUCUCAACGACCGAGGCGAGCCGGACUGUCGGGGCUAAUCUCACAGGGCAAGCCCAGGUUGUCAUAACCGUCGUUUCCAAGCCACCGAAGAGUCGACUCGCUGCCGCCAAGUUUCAACAGGAAGUGAGACUAACGCUGCACCUGUUCCUGGUGUUCACGCUGUUCUGUGUGUUGUAUCUGCCGAUGUGCAUGGUGCAUAUCCUUCAUGUGGCCAUCCCUGUGUCUCCCGAUGUCUGGCUGACGUUCUUCACGUUGGCGCUCUCCUUCUCCACAAUCACAUGGAUGCUGUACGGUGUUCUCAACAGAGAUUUCAGACAGGCCUACGUCAAACUGAUAUUUUGUAAAAAGUGAGAUACUACAAGAUACGAAUGAGCCUUCAGCG